CCAACGAAAAGAGCUUUUUAAUGGCUCUGCGUUCCCAUAGUGUUCUCUCUUCAGCCGCAGUGAAACCCUAAAAAGCAGAGGAAGCUAAGGGAGAGUAACAGAGCACAACAAUGGCGGCAAUUACACAGCAAGCAAGGACAUUGUCGACGAAAGAGGCUGACAUACAGCUGAUGUUGGCCGCUGAAGUCCAUCUCGGCACUAAGAACUGUGACUUCCAAAUGGAACGUUACGUCUUCAAGCGCCGCAACGACGGUAUCUACAUUAUCAACGCUGGAAAGACAUGGGAUAAGCUGCAUAUGGCUGCUAGGGUUAUUGUUUCUAUUGAGAAUCCCCAGGACAUAAUUGUGCAAUCUGCCAGGCCUUAUGGACAGAGAGCUGUCUUGAAGUUCGCACAAUAUACUGGUGCACAUGCCAUUGCUGGUCGUCACACGCCUGGUACUUUUACCAACCAGCUUCAGACUUCAUACAGUGAGCCACGGCUUCUCAUUCUCACUGAUCCAAGAACUGAUCACCAGCCUAUCAAGGAAGCUGCACUUGGAAACAUCCCCACUAUUGCCUUCUGUGACACUGAUUCUCCAAUGCGAUAUGUUGACAUUGGUAUCCCUGCCAAUAACAAAGGAAAGCACAGCAUUGGUGUUCUCUUUUGGAUCUUAGCAAGAAUGGUACUGCAGAUGCGUGGUACCAUUAAUCCGGGACCCAAGUGGGAUGUCAUGGUGGAUCUGUUCUUUUACAGAGAACCUGAAGAGGCAAAAGAGCAACAAGAAGAGGAAGUACCUGCUAUUGCUGAUUAUGCAGAAUAUGGUGGUGCUGCUCUUGGUGGUGAUUGGACUAGCAGCCAAAUCCCUGAUGCUCAAUGGACUGCAGAUGGCGCAACAUCUGUUCCUGUAACUACCAGUGGCUGGUCUGGAGAUGCAGUGGUUGAUGGAGGUUGGGAUGCUGCAGCUCCUCCUCCUGCACAAGUUGGUGUACCAGAAGUGACCCCUGCUCCAGAUGCUGCUCCUAGCUGGGAAUGAACUCAGACUCCUUUAGAAACUUCUUUUUUGGUUAAAAUUAGAUAUGUGAGUUCUUAUAACAGACGGUUUUGUUUACAAUGCAAUUUGUAAAAUUUUGGACCUGUUGAUGUACGAAAUUAUUUUUAAUCAUUUAUAGCAUGUCUUUUUAGUGCUU